AUGACCAAUUUGAUGAAAAGGGAAUCAAAAUUUGAGUGGAGUGAAAAAUGUGAGGAAGAUUUUCAGAUUCUAAAAGAGUGUUUAACCUCCGCACCUGUUUUAACAUUGCCUGAUGGGAAUGAGGGGUUUGAAGUGUAUAGUGAUGCAUCGAAGAAUUGUUUGGGGGUGUGUGUUGCAGGGGAAUGGGAAGGACAGUUAAAGAAGCUUGAUAGUAAGACUCCCCAUUUAUAUGUGAAGAAGAUUGAGUUUGCAUGCAACUACUUUGCUACGUUUAAGAAUAUGCCACAUUCGAGGAAGAUGGAUGUUAUGCCUGAGAUGAUUGUAUAUUAUUUACCCCAUGGGACAUCUUAUAUAGAGCUUAAGCAUAAGUUUAGUGAUAUGCAUUUUGAGGAUGAUACACCUAACUGA